AGUCCUCCAGGGAAACACUGGGUUUCCCCACACGGCUCUUCUCUGGGGCGGGGGCACGAGUGGUACCCAGGAAUGUAUGCAGGGCUUCUGUCAGCCCAAGAGCUGUAUUUCCAUCUGUCUGCUCAUCUGGCACACCAGCUGCCAAAACAAAUGAGGAAAUUGUCCCAAGAAGGAAUAAGCUGUAAUAAAGCUGUAGAGAUUUCCUCGUCCUGGUUUUCACUUCGUGUUUUGGAUGCUGUGGGUCGGGUACAAGCGAUCCAGGCGCUGGCCUGGCAGCUGCCCUGCCACUGAGCAUUGCCAUGAACCACUUUCAGGCUAUCCUGACUCAGGUCCAGAUGCUGCUCUCUUGCCAUGGGCAGAAGCAGGUGCGGGCUCUCCUGGACCACCUGCUGGAGGAAGAGCUUCUCUCCAGGGAGUACCACUGUGCCCUGCUCCAUGAGCCUGAUGGUGAGGCGCUGGCCAGGAAGAUCUCCUUGACUCUACUCGAGAAAAGAGACCUGGAUGUGGCCCUCUUGGGAUGGGCCCAGAGUGGGUGGCAGGCUCCAGCAGCAGAGAGGAACCCUGAGCUCAAGGAUCAUGCUGGUGGUGGAUCGUGUGCCACCAUGGAGUUGGGGUCUCUGGAAGGGAGGUACCUGGAACUUCUCAACAGUGACGCUGAUCCCUUGCACCUGUACCACUUCUACGACCAGAUCGGCCUGACUGCAGAAGAAGAGACUGAGCUUUGCUCAGAACCCUACACAGACACCAUCAACUGUGACCAGUUCAGCAGGUUGCUGUGUGACAUUGAAGGUGACGAAGAGACCAGGGAGGCUUAUGCCAACAUCGCGGAACUCGACCAGUAUGUGUUCCAGGACUCCCAGCUGGAGGGCCUAAGCAAAGAUAUUUUCAUAGAGCAUAUAGGAUCAGAUGACGUGAUUGGUGAGAACGCAGAGGUGCCAGUGGAAGCGGUGCAGGAGAGUCAGAAGAGACCCUUCCCAGAGGAGUGUCCAGUGGACCUGAAGCAGCGGAGGCUAGCUGAGCCUCCCACGGUGCCCGGGUUGACAGGCAGUUUCCUGGUGGGACCCAUAAUGGAUGCCUCAGCCCAGCACUGUCUACCGCCACCUGCCCCGCUCAACCAGGAGACCGCAUCCAGCCACGCCUACCGGGAGGAACCCAUCCAGAUACCUGCAUCCCCUUCCUUGAGCUGCACAAACCUCGCUGCUGGACCCAUCCAGUUCAUCCCCACUCUCUCCACUCCACCCCAGUGGCUCUGGCAAAUCCCAGGAGCUGGGGCUGGCAUCUCCAGUAUAUUCAUCUAUCAUGGCAAGCUGCCCCAGGCCAGCCAAGCACCGCCUCCCAGCAGCCCCGCUGUCCACAGCCUCCCGAAGUCCCCAGACCGACCUGGCUCCACCAGCCCCUUCGCUCCAUCUUCGGCGGACCUACCCAGCAUGCCUGAGCCAGCCCUGACCUCCCGUGCAGACGUAAUAGAGGACAGUGUGCACCCGACCGAAUCCCAGGAACCUCGGGAGGUCUCCAGCAAGCUUCCAAAGUGGCCUGAGCCGGUGAGGCAGCUCUGGCACUCACUGCAGGACAAGUUCCAGGAUGAGCCUGCAGGCCCAGAUGGCAUCCAGAUGGAGGUGGCUCUGGUGAGGGCACAGCUGGAGAGGAGUGGCACCAAGAGCCAGGACAGGGAACUGGCCACGCUGGACUGGGCUGAGAGGCAGCUGGCCCACGGGGGUCCGGCUGAGGUGCUUCUGGCUGCUGGCAAACACAGACGGCCACGAGAAACACGCAUCAUCGCCGUGCUGGGGAGGGCCGGACAGGGGAAGAGCCACUGGGCCCGGGCCGUGGGUCGGGCCUGGGCCCGCAGCCAGCUCCCACAGUUCGAUUUUGUCUUCCAUAUCCCCUGCCACUGCUUGGACCGCCCCGGGGACGCCUACCGCCUGCGUGACCUGCUUUUGUCUCCACAGUCGUCAUCGCUGGCAGUGGAUGACGAGGUCUUUAGCCAUGUACUGAAGAGGCCCGAGCGUGUUCUGCUCAUUCUGGAUGCCUUCGAGGAGCUUGAAGCCCAGGAGGGCUUUCUGCCCAGCGUGGGUGGCCCCGGGGCCUCAGAGCCCUGCUCCCUCCGGGGGCUGCUGGCUGGUCUCUUGCAGCGCAAGCUGCUACCAGGCUGCACCCUGCUCCUCAUGGCCCGGCUGUGGGGCCGCUUGGGCCAGAGCCUGAGCAAGGCCGACGCCCUGUUUGAGCUGGCUGGUUUCUCAGCUGAGCAGGCCCAGGCCUACGUGGCAUGCUACUUUGAGCGUUCCGGAGCCCCUGAGCAGCGAGAGCAAGCCCUGACGCUCCUGCGGGACCGGCCGUUCCUGCUCAGUCACUGCCACAGCCCAACCCUGUGCCGGGUGGCCUGCCAGCUGGCGCAGGCCUCUCUCGAGCGGGGAGACAGGGACCCGCUGCCCUCCACACUCACGGGACUCUAUGUGGAGCUGCUGGGCCCUGCCAUCAGGGCUGGCCCCCCGGGCGCCCUGCUGGGACUGGCCAGGCUGGCCUGGGAAUCGGGCAGAAGGCACCAGAGAACACUGCGAAAGGGCCACUUCCCAUCAGAGGAGCUCAGGACGUGGGCCGUGGCCAGGGGCUUGGUGCAGCCAGGCCCAGGUGCCACGGAAGCUGAACUGGCCUUCCCCAGCUUCCUCCUGCAGUGCUUUCUGGGUGCCAUAUGGCUAGCGCUGAGCUGCGAGGUCAAGGACAAGGAGCUGCCACAAUACUUGGCGCUGACCCCGAGGAAGAAGAGGCCCUAUGACAACUGGUUGGAGGGUGUGCCGCGCUUCCUCACUGGGCUCCUCUUCCAGCCUCGUGCCCGCUGCCUGGCUGCCCUCAUGGGUUCUGAGGUGGCCGCCGUGGUGGACCGGAAGCAGAAGGUGCUCACAAGAUACCUGAAGAGGCUGCAGCCAGGGACACUGAGGGCGCGGCGGCUGCUGGAGCUGCUGCACUGUGCCCACGAGGCCGAGGAGGCUGGCAUCUGGCAGCAUGUGGUGCGGGAGCUCCCCGCCCGCCUCUCCUUCCUGGGCACCCGGCUCACACCCCCUGACGUGCAUGUGCUGGCCAGGGCUUUGGAGGCAGCUGGCCGAGACUUUUCCCUGGACCUCCGCAGCACUGGCAUUGAUCCCUCCGGGCUGGCCAGCCUUGUGGGACUCACCCAUGUCGGCAGUUUCAGGUCCAACCUGAGUGACACGGUGGGGCUGUGGGAGUCCCUGCAGCAGCGUGGGGAGACCAAGCUACUCCAUGCAGCCGAGGAGAAAUUCACCAUUGAGCCCUUUCGAGCCAAGUCGCUGAAGGAUGUGGAAGACCUGGGCAACCUUGUGCAGACCCAGAGGAUGAGAAGCGCCUCCGCAGACGAAACCGGAGACCUCCCCGCUGUCCGGGACCUGAAGAAACUGGAGUUUGCGUUAGGGCCCACCUCGGGCCCCCAAGCCUUUCCUAAGCUGGUGAGGGUCCUCACAGCCUUUUCCUCGCUUCAGCAUCUGGACCUGGAUUCUCUGAGCGAGAACAAGAUCGGGGACGAGGGUGUGUCACAGCUCGCAGCCACCUUCCCACAGCUGAAGUCCCUGGAGACACUCAACCUGUCACAGAAUAACAUCACUGAUGUGGGCGCCUGCAAGCUGGCCGAGGCCCUGCCCUCACUUGCUGCGUCCCUCCUCAGGCUGAGCUUGUAUAAUAAUUGCAUCUGUGACGUGGGAGCCGGAAGCCUGGCCCAAGUGCUUCCAGACAUGGUGUCCCUGCGGGUGAUGGACGUCCAGUACAACAAGUUCACGGCUGCCGGGGCCCAGCAGCUCGCCGCCAGCCUGAGGAAGUGCCCUCACGUGGAGACGCUGGCGAUGUGGACGCCUACCAUCCCUUUUGGUGUCCAGGAACACCUGCAGCAGCUGGACUCACGCAUCAGCCUGAGAUGAUCCCGGCUGUGCCCUGGACAAGCUCAUUCUCUGAAGACACUGACCACCUGCACCCGGGACUGGGGACUUGUGGACACAGCUCUUCCCAUGGGCCUUGGCAUCCUGUCCCCUCGUCAGCUGGGAGGAGUUCCCUUGUCUGUUUUCCUGGCAGAACCAGGCUAGGCUCCAAACUCCUUCAGAGCCCAGGUGGAUGCCAGCCCUGUUCAACUGUGGCAAGCCUGGCAGAUGGCUAGGUGCCUGCUGGCUGCUGUGGGCCGCUCACAACACUGAAGACAGCCGUGGCUGGGUCAGGCCCUCAGCCUGGUGAGAAAGCUCAGCUAUGUAAUACUGCUAGACUGGACGUCCCAACAAGGCCUGCUUGGCCCUGGGAGACAGCACGGAGUGGUCCUAGCUACUGCUCUACAACCCGGACAGGCUGGGAGACAACAGAGGCUGCCUUCUGUCCCUGGUGCUCACUGUUUGCACGAACUUUGUUAGCCAAGGUCAGAUCUGGGUGUGGCCAGACAUGCUGGACCUUAACCGGGACGCGGCUGGCAGUACACUAACAGAGGGGAGGGGAGAUAGACUGGGCCGCCGUGGCCUCGGGCCUUUAUUCCCUGUGUCCUUCUCCACUACAUUAUGAAGGUCUUGUUCAGUAGAUGCAGGGUUUGCAUUGUACCAUGAUUGCCAUUUUGGGGUACCUACUCUUCUGAUUACCUAAUGCAAUCAAGUCACCCCAAAAUGUAGUGGCUUCCAACAACGCACACACACAUACAUUGACUCAACCACAUGCCUGUUCUUUAGGCUCAGCAGGGUCAGCCUGGCCAAGGGUCACCUGGAAGGUCAUUCACUUAAAUGUCCGGCCCAUGAUGCUGACUCUUGGUGGGGGACUUCCAUUUGUCUAAGGUGCCUUCCCAGGGGAGCUGGUUACAUGGGUCUGGGCUGAAGGGUGAUUGCUCAGAGGGUGGGCCCAAGAGACAGGAAGGAGCUAGAAGGGGGCGGGGAGGCCAGAGGAGCAGUCACCUGUCUUUGGAAGCCAUGGGCCAGCCCUGUCUGUCCUGACAGUGCCCACACACACACACACGGACACAUGCAUGCAAGGGCGGAAUGCCCCUUUGUGCAGGUCUUUUCUUUGCGACUUCCUUAGACUUGGUGGGAAAUGCAUUAUUUGAGGCUCAGAGAGGCUGGAGCCUCAUGAGCUGUGCAGGGGAGCUCCUCCCACCACCCCUGCAGCCCAGCUGUAUCCUGGGAGCUGGUUCCCAGCCAAGCUGGAAUCCUACUGCAGCUGCCGUCAGCCAGAAGGGACUUGGCAGCUCCACUUCCUACCUGGUAGCUGCCAGCGUGGCUGUUGCUCUUCACUGGGGCAUGGCCUGUUGGGUCAGAGGUGCCCACUGAGCCAGCCUGGGUUUGUCCUAGUGGCCUUGGGAGCAGUCCGUUCAGCCCCUGCAAGCCAAUCCUGAUACCCGUGGAUUCAGCCAGGUUCCUAAAUUCCGCUCCACUCUCCAACAUGUCAAAACUGAUGUCAGGGGUCUUGGGGGUCUGGCCUGAGCUGCCUGGUUGGUACUCCUUACAGAGAGGUAGGUGCCCUCUGUCACGGCCCAGCCACAAGGCCGUCAAGGCUGUGACCCGGGUGUCAGCCAUCACUUCUCAAGGUAUUCCUGCCCUCACACUCGGGAGCCCAUUGGGUGUCCAUGAGUGUGACUCCAGGGAUGAGCACAGAGCCAUGCCCUGGCUCAGGCACCUGCUGUGCCCAUCAGCCAGGUGGGCAUGACUGGACCUUGCUCUUGGAGUGUUUGGAACUGAGAGUAUGAGUUCAGAGGCUGUUCACGGUGAUGCUUUUUAUAUAACAAGUUGAUGUGCAAGGGAUGGCAUAAUUCUCAAUAAACCUUAAUGAUCGUGGUUGUCA